AUGGCUGCUUUUCCCCCUCCCCCGGUCAACACGAUUGACUGGUCCAACGUCGGCUUCAAAGUCCGCGAAGUCAACGGCCACAUCGAAUCGACCUACUCCAAGACGACGGGCCAGUGGACGCCCCUCAAAUUCGUCGCCGACCCCUACAUGCGCAUCCACGGCAUGUCCCCCGCCCUCAACUACGGCCAGCAGGCCUACGAGGGCCUCAAGGCCUUCCGCAUGCCCGGCGACUCCGCCAUUAGCGUCUUCCGCCCGGACCGCAACGGCCUCCGCCUGCAGCACUCGGCCGACGUCGUCUCGAUGCCGCACGUGCCCGUAGACGUCUUUGUGCGGGCCUGCCGCGCCGCCGUCGCGCUCAAUGCCGGCUUCGUCCCGCCGCACGAGACGGGCGCGGCGCUGUACGUCCGCCCACAGCUGUACGGCUCCAGCGCGCAGCUCGGGCUCACGGCGCCAGAAGAGUACACCUUUUGCGUGUUUGUGGUGCCGACGGGCGUGUACCACGGGACCGGCCCGGUCAAGGCGCUGAUCCUGGACGAGUUUGACCGCACGGCGCCCAAGGGCACUGGGCACGCCAAGGUCGGCGGCAACUACGCGCCGGUGCUGCGGUGGAGCGACGGCGCGAGGAACGACGGCUACGGCAUCACGCUGCAUCUCGACAGCGCGCACCACGAGGACAUUGACGAGUUUAGCACGAGCGGCUUCAUUGGCGUCAUUGCCAAGAGCGAGACGGAUGUCAAGCUCGUGGUGCCCGACUCCAACUGCGUCAUUGACAGCGUCACGAGCGACAGCGUGCAGCACAUUGCCCGCAGCUGGGGCUGGGCCGUCGAGAAGCGCACGGUCAAGUACGCCGAGCUGCCGAGCUUUACCGAAGUCAUGGCUGCGGGCACGGCGGCUGCGCUGGUGCCGAUCCGGUCCAUCACGCGGAGGGUCGCGGGCGGGCUGUCGGCGGCGGAAGGAGGAGUGGCCAAAGUGAGCACAGACGGGGACGAGGUGACGGUGACGUACAUGCCGCCGGAGCAGGAGGAGGCCGGGCCGGUGUGCUUGAAGCUGCUAGAGAAGCUUAGGGCUAUUCAGCUGGGCAAGAUCGAGGACGAGUUUGGGUGGCGGUGCAACGUGGGCGAGGAGGAUCUCGCGGUGGAUGGCGCGCAGGCGACGACGGGUGGGCAGGCGACGCCGCAGACGGUGGACCAGAUGGAAUAG